GGCCUCAAUCCGAUAUGUAAGUUACGUCACUUUGUGUAAAGUAGGGGCGUAUGUAUGUGCAGAAUUUUACAGAGGGUGAAAGUGAAUCUGCGAGGGAGUGUGCUAUCAUUGACCCCGCUACGCUUGUUAGAUAUGAUAGCGAUAUAAACUGAUUAGCAGAGACAGAGAAACCCCCCAAACAAUGAAAGUCACCGGGAUUAUAUUGGCUACAUUUGUGAAGCUGGUUACCAUCCACGUAGUGAGGACGAUUAACAUUAAUCACUCUGCGAGGAAUCUGAUCGACGAAUCUUCUAACGUGGGUCUUUUGAUCGGAAAUACACUCACUAACAACUCAUCAGGAACCAAACCUCACGUGGUCGUACCCACCCGUAAUCACAGUACUCACUCGACACUUCCGUUUACAGACAAUUCAAAUAUAACAAGUACAGGAACAACAGCUGACUGGGGUCAAACAUCAGUGCACGAAGUUUCCACGAAAUCACCUCUAGGUGAGGAAAAUCAGACUCUCCAUGUUCAACACAAUAGCAAAGAGAACGCCAACAGUACGAACCCAACAUCCGCGUCUUAUUCAAGCAGCAUAAAGACUCCGAGUGCGUCAUCUGCGUCUUAUUCAAGCAGCAUAAAGACUCUGAGUGCGUCAUCUACAUCUUAUUCAAGCAGCAUAAAGACUCCGAGUGCGUCAUCUGCAUCUUAUUCAAACAGCAUAAAGACUCCGAGUGCGUCAUCUACGGUUUAUUCAAGCAGCAUAAAGACACCGAGUUCUUCAGUUGCGUCUUAUUCAAGCAGCAUAAAGACUCCGAGUGCGUCAGCUGUGUCCUCUAUGAAGAAAAUAACUACUCUUGUAGAUAAAUCUACACUUGGAGGCCAACAUACAACAAAAGCCACUGUAGCUAGGCCGGAUUUAACAACGAAUAAAAACAUUUAUGAACGUAGCACAGAAAACAAACGCGCUCCGAAUUCAUCGACAUAUUCUAACACUACAAAUAGAUUGAAUCUUAUAAAGUUACAUUCUACAACAGGGACCACACAUAGAGCUGACUCUACCAGCCAUCUCAACAAACUUAACAAACCGACAGACGACGUGAUUGUUACCUCGCGGAAUAUUGAAACAGACACAUCCACAAAACAUUCAGCUGAAUCUCAAGUCACAGACGCGUCUUCCAGAACUCCCGAAACUACAAUCAAAAGUCAAAAAGUCAACCAAAUCAAUGAAUCAAAGGACACGACGAACUAUAUCGUGACCAAGAAAAUCUCUUUUUCGACAAGUAUUGAACGGGAACAGUCGUCACGAAACCAAACUGAAAGUAGAAAAACUACUAAAGCAAUGACGCAAGCAGUGACGCAAUCAAUGACCGCGAAUACCGUGACAAAUACAAACAACACUUCGAUGUCUUCAUCAAGCAAGGCUGGAACUUCGCCAAUCGUGGAUUUAAAAACAACUAAUCAAAAUUCCAUUCCCACAAGUCCAACGAGCACAGAAGACGUAGAAGCUCUCUCAAAAAUCAGCCAAUCAGAUGCUGAUAAAUAUUGGCCCGUUGCUAUGGCAAUAGCUAUUGGUGUUCCCUCCAUAAUUGUGAUUGGAGUGACGAUUUCCGUCAUUAACAGGAAAAGAAAUUUAGAGAAAGCUCACAGCACUCUUUUGAAUGGCUACAUCACACCUCCUACUGAAUACGACGUAUAGGAAGCGGUCAGUGGUCAUCAAUAGCAAUACAGCAGUAUGACGUCACAGCGGACACCAGUUCUCCGGACAGUUAUCAUAAUUUCACUUGUUGAAAAAUAUCUUUCUAUUUUUUUUUCAGAUUUUUUAAUCAAUAUUACUUGUGAGACCUUUCCCGUUCUAUAAAAAUGCACGUAAGAAGAGAAAUCAAAUCAGAACAAAAUAAAUGUAUAGCGUUGUUUUUACAUGCAUGUAGUAAAAAUAAUAAGGAAAUCUUACAAAUAUACUUUCAGUCUAUGUCUUUCUACAAAA